ACGCCCGGGCUGCCAGCCCCGCUGACACCGCCUCGGAGGAUGUGAGCCGGCGCCGCCGCCGCUGCUGCUUGGACAGGGCGCGCCGUCCCACCGGCCUGGCCGCCGCUUUUCUAUUUUAGGUGGGGGCGACCGUACCAGGCCGCUUGGGCUUUUUAAGAGGGUCUGACUGUCUUUGGCAGCUUGAUUUGGGAAGGCUACCCACACAGGACGCCCGGGGAUUUUUUCCUUUUUUUUUUUUUUUUCCUUAAACAGGGUUAACUGUUUUUGGCAGCUUGGUUUUUGGGGGAGCCUAGAAAAGGCCUCUCAGGGUUUCUUUUCGGGGGGAGGGGGACAGUGGUCCCGACUUGGCCACCCGCCUGUUGGCGGGGGAGAACGGGGAGCAGGGGGAUGCGAACCCGGCUCCCCCCACCAUGAUGAAGACAGAGCCGCGGGGGCCCGGGGGUCCCCUCCGGAGCGCCUCCCCGCACCGUAGCGCCUACGAGGCGGGCAUCCAGGCGCUGAAGCCGCCCGACGCGCCCGGGCCGGACGAGGCACCCAAGGCAGCCCACCACAAGAAAUAUGGCUCCAACGUCCACCGCAUCAAAAGUAUGUUCCUGCAGAUGGGCACGACGGCCGGGCCGCCGGGCGAGGCGGGCGGCGGCGCGGGCCCGACCGAGGCCCCGCGGGCGCCCGAGCGCGGCGUUCGCCUGUCGCUGCCGCGGGCCAGCAGCCUGAACGAGAACGUGGACCACAGCGCCCUGCUCAAGCUGGGCACCAGCGUGUCGGAGCGCGUGAGCCGCUUCGACUCUAAGCCAGCGCCCUCGGCGCAGCCGGCGCCGCCGCCACAUCCGCCCUCCCGGCUGCAGGAGACGCGGAAGCUGUUCGAACGGAGCGUCCCCGCGGCCGCGGGCGGCGACAAGGAGGCCGCGGCGCGGCGGCUGCUGAGGCAGGAGCGCGCCGGCCUGCAGGAUCGGAAGCUGGACGUAGUGGUGCGCUUCAACGGCAGUACCGAGGCGCUGGACAAGCUGGACGCCGACGCUGUGUCGCCGACGGUCAGCCAGCUCAGCGCCGUCUUUGAGAAGGCCGACCUGAGGACCGGCCUCCACCGUGGGCCCGGGCCCCCCAGGGCCGCGGCCGCCGGGGCUCCGCAGGUCAACUCGAAGCUGGUCAGUAAGCGUUCCCGGGUGUUCCAGCCACCGCCGCCACCGCCCGCCCCGUCGGGGGAUGCUCCGGCCGAGAAGGAGCGCGGCCCCGGAGGGCAGCAGCCCCCGCAACACCGAGUCGCCCCCGCCCGGCCGCCCCCCAAGCCCCGGGAGGUGCGCAAGAUUAAGCCGGUGGAGGUGGAGGAGAGCGGGGAGUCGGAGGCCGAGGCGGCGCCCGGGGAAGUGAUCCAGGCCGAGGUGACGGUCCAUGCGGCCCUGGAGAAUGGGAGCACCGUGGCAACCACAGCCAGCCCCGCGCCCGAGGAGCAGAAGGCCCAAGCGGCCCCCGACGAGGCGCCGGCGUCGGCGGCUGUGGCUGUGGCUGUGACAGAUAAGGGGGUCGGCAAUGGCCGGGCCCCAGACUUGGCCCCUGAGGAGGCGGAUGAGUCCAAGAAGGAGGACUUCUCCGAAGCCGACUUGGUGGACGUGAGCGCUUACAGCGGGCUUGGGGAGGACUCUGGGGGCAGUGCCCUGGAGGAAGAGGACGUAGAGGACGAGGAGGAUGGGGAGCCCCCCUACGAGCCCGAGUCGGGAUGUGUGGAGAUCCCGGGGCUCUCGGAGGAAGAGGACCCGGCCCCGAGCCGGAAGAUCCAUUUCAGCACGGCGCCCAUCCAAGUGUUCAGCACCUACUCCAACGAGGACUAUGAUCGUCGCAACGAGGAUGUGGACCCUAUGGCGGCCUCUGCUGAGUAUGAGCUGGAGAAGCGGGUGGAGAGGUUGGAGCUGUUCCCUGUGGAGCUGGAGAAAGACUCUGAGGGCCUGGGCAUCAGCAUCAUCGGCAUGGGGGCUGGGGCCGACAUGGGUCUGGAGAAGCUGGGCAUCUUUGUCAAGACUGUGACCGAGGGCGGUGCGGCCCACCGGGAUGGCAGGAUCCAGGUGAAUGAUCUCCUGGUGGAGGUGGAUGGAACAAGUCUGGUAGGAGUGACUCAGAGCUUUGCAGCCUCUGUGCUCCGGAACACCAAGGGCCGAGUGCGGUUUAUGAUUGGCCGGGAGCGGCCGGGAGAGCAGAGUGAAGUGGCACAGCUAAUUCAACAGACCCUGGAACAGGAGCGAUGGCAGCGGGAGAUAAUGGAGCAGAGAUACGCCCAGUAUGGGGAGGAUGACGAGGAGACGGGAGAGUAUGCCACUGAUGAGGAUGAGGAGCUGAGCCCCACAUUCCCAGGUGGCGAGAUGGCCAUUGAGGUGUUCGAGCUAGCAGAGAACGAAGAUGCACUGUCACCUGUGGACAUGGAGCCUGAGAAGCUGGUGCACAAGUUCAAGGAGCUCCAGAUCAAGCAUGCUGUAACUGAGGCAGAGAUCCAGCAGCUGAAAAGAAAGCUGCAGAGCCUCGAGCAGGAGAAGGGGCGGUGGCGGGUGGAGAAGGCCCAGCUGGAGCAGAGCGUGGAGGAGAACAAGGAGCGCAUGGAGAAGCUGGAGGGCUACUGGGGGGAGGCCCAGAGCCUGUGCCAGGCUGUGGAUGAGCACCUGCGGGAGACCCAGGCCCAGUACCAGGCCCUGGAGCGCAAGUACAGCAAGGCCAAGCGCCUCAUCAAGGACUACCAGCAGAAGGAGAUCGAGUUCCUGAAAAAGGAGACCGCCCAGCGUCGGGUUCUGGAGGAGUCAGAGCUGGCUAGGAAGGAGGAGAUGGACAAGCUCCUGGACAAGAUCUCAGAACUGGAAGGAAACCUGCAAACACUGAGGAACUCCAAUUCUACUUAACAGGAACAUUCCCUGACUGGACAAUAAUCAAGACUUUCCCAUUGUCCUCCCUCCCCUGUCCUCAAUACUCUCCCCUGCCCUCUACCAGCCUGGGGACAGGUGCCCCAACUUCCCCACCCCUCCACCCACCUCCCCCCAGCUUCAGGGACCAGAGGGCUCACACCACAGGCCCCCUUAAGGUGGUUUGGGCAGACAGAGGUGGCUGAAGGCGUGGCCUCCUUCCUGCCCCAUGGGGCUGAGACACAGAGGCUGUGGGGUGCCAAGGGCUGGCCUGGGUGGUGGAUAGACACAAAGACCUGCAGACCAAACUGCCAGACUUUACAACCUCCAGCCUUUGUCUCUGGACUGGCAUGGGGCUGGGGGCUCUCCCAGCAUCUCAACAACUGGAGGCUGCUCCCUGCCCACUGGGCCUCUUGAGACUCUACCUUCUUGGCCGUCCCCCUCCCUGCCAUCGUUGUGCUGUCUCUAUUGCAUUCUGACUCUCCUGCUUGGGGGGGUUGCCUCAACACCUGCUGCUGUCUUUGUCCCCCUCCCGGGAGGGGUGGAGUCCACCCCAGAGCCCAGAGGCUGGUUCUGGCCCUGCACUGAUUUCUCACUUACUCUUUGGGAAAAGGACAGUGAGAGUAGGAAAAAGGGAGAGUCCAGGACACCUGGUCCCCAGCUCCCCCUCUCCUGGGGCUGCAGCUCCCGGUUUCUCCUUGUGCCUCCCCUCGCCCAGGUGCCAAAUAGCCAUAACCUCCUCCUGAAACUGUUCUGUGGCCUCUCUGAGGUCCAGGUUCCCUGGCCAGGUCUGGGAAUGCCAGGGAGGAGCGGGGGUCAGUGUAGGGGGCCUGGCUGCAGAGACCCUGGUCUUAGGCAAGCAGAACAUUUCUCCCCUGAGAGCCAGGCCCUGCCUUGCCAAGAGAGUCACCUGGAAGCCUUGUACUAACAUGGCAGGGAUUCAGCCUCACCCACGCCCAUCCCACCGUUUGCCAGUGUUUGACUGGAGGGCAAAAUUUUACUACUCGUCUUUUUGGAGACCAGGGCUGUCCUUGGCAGCCUGCUUUCUAAGUGAAAUCGACUCCGUUUCCCCACUUGAACCCCAAAUUGGGGCUUGGACCAAGGGAGGUGAGACCCCCCCCCCGCCCCAGGUCCCCUCCCUUUUCAGAAUCCAUCUCUCAUUUGCCCCAUCCUCCGGCCCCUAGCCUGGGUUUUUGUUCAUUUUUUUAAAAGCAGACAACCCCAUCUGAUCUGUAUUGACUUCCCCUGUCCCCUGUAAAUAGACCAUGCCAUCGAUCAGUAUUUCUUGGGCUUCCCCCGCGCCUUCUUGCCCCAGACGUGCUCCCCACCCCUGAAGAGCUGGCUGUCUCAGUGCAGGCCCGGCCCCUGCACUUCACCUCCUCCAUCCCGGCAGAUGGGGGGCGGAGCCAGGAGGGCGGGGCCGCGGGCGCUUCCGGUCUCGGGGGCCAGCGGCUGGCCAUGCCCCGCCUUUCGAGGGGCUGUGUCACUGUAUAUAAUAUAUAUAUAUAUGUAUGUAUUGUUCCCUGGUUUUGUACGGACCAUGCCCUCUGUCAGGUCGUCCCCAUAAAAGCAGCCCCCAGAGUC